AUGCUUCACAGGUCAUUACCUCGCCUGCGCUGUGUCUUGAAACAUCUGAGAGCUGUGCAGAUGUCGUCCAAGGCAGAUGAGGAGAUACUCUUCCACACAAACAAAAGUCUUGGGGUGAUUACAUUGAACAGACCUAAGGCUUUGAAUGCUCUAAAUCUGUCCAUGGCACACAAAAUUUACUCACAGCUGUUGAAUUGGGAGGCCGACCCAAACAUUGGCUUGGUUCUCAUCAAGGGGGCUGGGGACAAGGCUUUCUGUGCUGGGGGGGAUAUCAGAGCGGUCACAGAAGCUGGCAGAAAGGGGGAACCUCUUGCCCAGGAGUUUUUCAGACAAGAGUAUAUUUUAAAUCACAAAAUUGGCAACUACAAGAAGCCUUAUGUGGCAUUCAUCGAUGGAAUCACCAUGGGUGGGGGUGUUGGUCUGUCUGUCCACGGCAUGUUUCGAGUGGCCACCGAACGAACCAUGUUCGCCAUGCCAGAAACAGCAAUAGGUUUGUUUCCGGAUGUUGGUGGGGGCUACUUUCUCCCGCGGCUGGAUGACAACUUGGGAAUAUUCUUGGCCUUGACCGGUUUCAGGUUAAAAUCUCGGGAUGUGAAACACAUCGGCAUUGCCACCCAUUUUGUGGAGUCUAGUAAGGCCGAUGAGCUGCAGCAGAGACUGUCAGGCUUGGGUUCGCAUCCUAGCAAAGACCAGGUGGCAUCUGUCCUUGAGGAGCUGCAAGCUCAGUCAAAGGUGGACGCAGACAAAGAGUUUACUCUGAAGCCACACCUGGACAAGAUCCACCAGCUGUUUGCUGGCUCAACCAUGGAGAGUAUAUUCGAAAGUUUAGAGCGGGACAAUUCGCAGUGGGCCGCUCAGCAGCUGCAGAUACUGAAGAAAAUGUCCCCAACAUCUUUAAAGAUCACAUUAAGACUUCUGCUUGAGGGCAAGAAACGCUCGCUGGCCGAGGACCUGGUUGUUGAGUAUAGACUCAGCCAGAGAUGUAUCGCAGAUAAGGACUUCUACGAGGGCGUCCGAGCUGUUCUCAUUGACAAGGACAACAGCCCACAAUGGAAUCCAGCAGAUAUUACAGAAGUCCAGCAGAAAAAAGUAGAUUGGUACUUCUCUCCCCUAGAAGCUAACAGGGAAUUAGUCUUGUGA